UUAAACCUCAGAUUUUGUCAUCACUUCUCAUUAUAACCAUCAUCAUCACUCUUGCAUAAUCAUCACUUUCUUUCUUUCAAACAACACCAUUAUCCCUUUCCUUUGUUUUUUUCCAUUUUGUUUCAUUUCCCCUUUCAACCCUACAACAAAAAAACCCUAAUCUCUCUCUCUCUCAUCUCUCUCUCUAUCUAUCUACAAGACAUGGACAUGACCUCAAGAAACAUAGAUGUUGAUUCUCAAACACCACCUUCGAUUCCACAACCCAACAACAACAAUAACAUAACACCAACAACAACCUUAUUAAAGUCUUCACCUUUCACUAACGGCACACACAAACGCCACCUGCCCACCACCACCACCACUCCACCACCGCCAUCCAUGGUGGUUUCUUACAAAGAAUGUCUCAAAAACCAUGCUGCGUCUCUAGGUGGACAUGCACUUGAUGGAUGUGGAGAAUUCAUGCCUUCGUCAUCCGUUAAUCCAAACGACCCUAGAUCCCUCAAAUGUGCUGCUUGUGGCUGUCACCGGAAUUUCCACCGCCGUGAACCUCAAGAACAACACAUCGUCCCCACCACCAACACCACCACCGUCAACGCCACCACCAACACCACCACCAACGCCACCACAAACCCCACUUUUCUUAACUGCAUCUACACUCCAGCAUCAACAACAGUUCCACCACCACAACCACCGCCACCAUUACAACUACCACACCGUGGCCCAAUCAGUCAAAGCACGAGCCCAAGUCAAAGCACAAGCCCAACGUCAAGCCCAAGCCCAACGUCAAGCCCAUCUUCUCCACCGCCACUCUCACAUUUACCACCUUAUCAUCAUCACUCUUCAGCCCCUCACAUGCUGCUAGCACUUGGAAAUGCUUAUUCAACACCACCACAAUCUGAUCAUGAUCAACACCAACACCAACAACAACACCAACAACCCCAUCAAAGAAAUCUCAAUUUUUCUUCAUCAGUGAUUAAACUCGAAAACCCCAACAACAACAACAGCAACAACUCAAGCUGUGGGAAAAAGAGGUACAGGACAAAAUUCAGCAAGGAGCAGAAAGAGAUGAUGUAUGGAUUUUCUGAAAAACUGGGUUGGAGAAUGCAAAAGGGUGAUGAUGGAAUGGUUCAGAAAUUCUGCAAUGACGUUGGUGUUUCAAGAGGGGUUUUCAAAGUUUGGAUGCACAAUAACAAGAAUUUGAGGAAGAGACCAGAAUCUGAGGUUGGAAUUGCAACUCCAAUAAGCGAUAAUAAGAACAACAACAACAAUGAUGGAUCCAACAAUGUCAUUCAUAUGGACGAAGAUGGAUGUGUUAAUGUCCAUGUUUCUUCUGUUAAUGUUUUAUCCUCUUAGUUUUUUUUUUCUUUUUCCAGAAAAUUAAUUAGAUAAAUUAUGGGAAUUAAGGUGUUAGAGAUUUUAUUUUUACCAUGAUUAGUGGUCAUUUUUGUUUAUUACAAUGGUUUUUAGUU